AUGGGUUUGAUGGCAAAGGAACUGAAGUACAUGCACAACUGGGGCGAGGUGGCCCCAGCACUUGUUAUACCUCACGAGAAGCCCUCCAAUAAUGUUUCGAAAUUGGAGACUAUUGCCGAAGAAGGAUCCGAGAGCUUUGAGAUUAUGCCAAACGUAGUGGUGUUUCUCUUUCCAGUGUUUCUUUCUUUUAUGACUUAUUACUUCAUGUUAUAUAGACAGAUUGUUUGA